GGAUUUGAAUUUGUGAAGCGUCCUCUCUGCUUCUCUCCCUUUUAUUCUAAACAACACGAGCGCGUUUGGUAAUCAUCACAGAGUAACGAAAACUAUGAAUGAUGAAACCAGAAAAUUGUUUGAAAGAGUUGCUGCAAAGAUGGGGUGGGAUGAUGAGGGAGGGCUGGACGCAGCAGAAAAAAAGCUCAGAAGCAAAAUUGGCAAAAGUCGUCAUGCUGCCACCAGCAGUCAUCAAUCUGAGGAUCAAUCCGUCCCUCCUGUCCAGCUUGCCCUCUCUGACAGUGAAGAUGAUCCAGAAAAGGAGAACCAGUACUCCAAGUACAACCAUUACAGAGACAAGUCUUUAAUGGAGUCCAGCGAUGAUGACUUUGACCAGUUUCUUGUGGGAAGGGCUACACCGAAAGCUAAACCUGCCUCACUGAAACCAUGUAGUGCUGCAAAGAAGGACAGUUCAAAUGUUGCUGUGGUGAGCUCGGAUGACGACGACGGUUUCGAAACAUUUAUGCAGCGAAUGAAAACCCCUAAUGUCAAGCCUAAGAGAAUACCAGAGAGUGGGAGUGAAGAUAGCCUCAAAAACUUCAUAGUGGAUGACUUCUCUUCAGAUGAUGACUUUAUUCAGGCAAAAUCAUCUAUUAACGUGCCCAAAAAGAGCAACACUCCAGCAGCCCAUCGUCCACCUCUGAGACCUCUGUCUCAGUGUGACUCCCCGGUCUUUGUCAGUGACAGUGAUGAUGAUGAUAACAUUGUAGUCAAGAGCACCUGGAGGACUCGUCACUCUAAACCUAAGCCCCCACUAAAGGCCAACAAGGACAAUGCUCUGCGGUAUGAUGAAGAGGACAGCUCGCCAUCACUGCCGUUGCCUCCCAACCCGGCUCCUUUCUCUCUUCCUCGUCACAAAACUGUAACAUCACUGGCCUCUCCAAAACGCACUCUUUCAGCACCUUCUAAGCUGGAUGAGUCAGGCAGCUCUGAGGAGGAAUUCACAUCCCUGCUGGAAAGACUAAAAAAGAAAAACAAGUUUACUGGCACUUCAUUGUCACCUAAGAGCACCCAUGAGUGCAAUAAGGAGCCUCCUGCACCUCCUGUGAGGGGACUCACAACACCCGUCUCUAAACCAGUCUCUAAAUCAUUUGGGGACACACCUCUGCAUGUGAAAACCCCAGGACAAUCCACCAUCAUGAAGCCCAAAGUCAGUCAGACAGAGCCCAGGCACGGUCCCAGCAGCAGGGUCGCGGUGUGUAAAACCCCAGGAUGCUUCUUGCAGACCUUAUCAAACCCUGGCUCCAACUAUGGCCGAAAUUUCAAGCAGAACAAGGAAGAACUCACCAGAAGACUGUACCAGCUGUACAAUACCAGUGUGUUUGACAGUAAGCUCCCUGUGAAUAUGUCAGUGACCUGGAACAAGAAGAUGCGGAAAACAGCUGGUUACUGUAUCACGGGGCAGGAGCGAGGUGGAGGGAGCCGCUAUGCCCGCAUUGAACUGUCGGAGAAAGUCUGUGAUUCUGCAGAUCGUCUCAGGGACACGCUGAUUCAUGAGAUGUGUCACGCCGCAACCUGGCUGAUUAAUGGCGUGAGGGACGGGCACGGGAACUUCUGGAAGCUGUACGCACGCAAGUCCACAGUGGCGCAUCCUGAGCUGCCCAUGGUCACUCGCUGCCACAGUUAUGACAUCAAGUACAAAUUCCAGUACCAGUGCACCCGCUGCCAGAAUACGAUUGGGCGUCAUUCCAAGUCUCUGGACACACAGAGGUUCGUGUGCGCUCUCUGCACAGGACAACUUGUUUUACUGACGCCCGUAAAGCCGCGCGCUCCCACACCGUUUGCCAACUUUGUCAAAGAGAAUUAUGGGAAUGCACGUAAGGAGCUUUCAGGACAAAGCCAUGCGGAGGUGAUGCGAAAACUUAGUGCAGACUUUGCCUCUAAGACUAAACUAAGCCAAAGCUGAGAGAUCUUGAUGCUGGUCGUACAUACAGCCACGAACUGCACAGCCACAGGGAACCUGCUCAAAUUCUGAAAUACCUCAUCAGCUAGUGUUAGUGGGCAGCUAUGAUUAUUGAUAUUGGAUCUAUUUUUUUUAUGUUGUUUUCAUUUAAUUUCUGUAAUAAUUAGUAUGUGAUUAUAGACUGGAUCUGCUGGAACUGAAAAAAAACCUGAGCCUCAACAUCAAGUUCACAUUCCUGUGUGUGUCCGUGUGUGUAGAUGAAGUGGUACCAAACAAUGAUUUUCAUACCCCAUGUCAUCCCUUGUACCUUAACACAUAUUGAAGAUACAUUUCUUAAGAAAAGGGCAUUUUAUACAUUAAACAUAUGAUUACAUUUAUGUAAUUAUUUUAUAUUUGACUUCUCGUUAUGAC